AUGGCAAAACUCACUUAUUAUGCCGUCUACAAUGCCGCCAAAACGUUUGAGAAUGUACCAAGUCCACUGUCUGAUGCUGGAAAUCAUGACAACUACUACAGCAGUCGACUUCGGACUAGUUGUAACUCUGUACUUACGAUGGUGCCUCUCGCUGACAAUGCCGACGAAACGUUUGGGAAUGUGGCCAGCCAAUUGUUCAAUGCUGGAACUCGCGACUAUUAUGGCAGAGGACACGGGACUAGGUACGUUCCACAAUGUCUCCAUGACAUUUGGACCAACAAUACUGAUGUUUUGGCCAUUUCCAGACAGCCUCAAGUUUGUUGGACCAUAAAAAUUCCAUGGUACGAAAAUCAUGCUGAUUUUGACCUAAAUAUGGCCGCAGUCCCUACGUUGUAA